AUGGGUCACCGGAUCUCUAAACACAGACAGGGAGGCACAGGCAUCUCUUCCUCAGGUAACUUUUCAAUGAGUGAAGACACGUUACCCCAGCAUUCUACGUACAACACCAGCCCUGAGUCAGGUAUUACCAAGGAAAUGCCAGUUGAUGGGAUUCGAAGAACAUCAGAUGUCCAGGACUCAAGACAGGACAAUAGACGACAUUCCAUAUACAGCACUAAGGAUGCUAUGCCUCAUCUUGAGUUUUAUGCCAAUGCAACUGCCACAGGUCGCAUCAGACGCAGCAGGCCAUCACUGGAGACUCUUCGUAUGGCUUUUGAUAAUAGAGAAUGUGGCAGGAACAUAAGCGAGUCAGGUUCAGGCAGUCUUUCAGUGAUGAACGAAAUGGAAAAUAGGUCAGACGAAGGUGGAGCUGAAGGAACGACAUAUCAACCAGUGCGCUUCGGAUGGGUCACUGGGGUUUUGAUUCGCUGUAUGUUGAAUAUAUGGGGAGUCAUUUUGUUCCUACGAUUGUCCUGGAUCACAUCUCAAGCAGGAAUCAUUCUUACAUGGGUUAUAAUUUUCAUGUCGGUCCUUGUGACCUCAGUAACCGCAUUAUCUGUGUCUGCCAUUUCUACCAACGGGAGAGUAUCCUCUGGGGGGGCAUAUUUCAUGAUCUCUCGCACCCUGGGUCCUGAGUUGGGAGGCCCUAUUGGUCUUGUGUUUUCAUUCGCCAAUGCACUUGCUUGUGCACUCAACACAGUGGGAUUUGCAGAGACUGUCAGAGAUCUUCUAAUUGAAUAUAAUACACAAAUUGUGGAUCCAGUCAAUGAUGUCCGAAUCAUAGGGUCCAUUACAGCCACAUUGCUUCUUCUCGUCUCAAUGGCUGGAAUGGAAUGGGAAUCAAAGGCUCAAAUCCUAUUUUUCUUGGUGCUAAUGGUAUCCUUCAUCAACUAUUUUGUUGGCACUGUUAUUCCAGCGACUCCCAAGAAACAGUCAAUGGGUUUCUUUAGCUACCGCAGUGAGAUUUUCUUGGAGAACCUGUUUCCAGACUGGAGAGGGCCAGAUGGUAGCUUUUUCGGAAUGUUUGCUAUAUUCUUUCCAUCUGCCAUUGGAAUUCUUGCUGGAGCCAACAUUUCAGGAGAUCUGAAAGAACCAGAGGUUGCUAUCCCAAAAGGAACAUUAAUGGCCAUAUUCUGCACCACUUUAAGCUAUUUAGCCAUAUCAUCGUCUGUGGGAGCAUGCGUUGCGCGCGAUGCGUCUGGCAACAUGAAUGACAGCUUGCUGUUGAACUUUACUGAAGACUGUUAUGGUCUGGGCUGUAGUCUUGGCUGGAACUUUACAAAAUGUGAGAAAAGUCUUGACUGCUCCUAUGGCCUGGCCAACAACUUCCAGGUGCUGAUCCAAGUCUCUGGGUUUGGACCAUUGAUCUAUGCUGGGAUAUUUGCAGCCACUUUGUCAUCUGCCCUUGCAUUCCUUGUCUCCGCACCCAAAAUUUUCCAGUGUCUCUGUAAGGACAAUAUCUACCCGUACAUUGGCUUCUUUGCAAAGGGUUAUGGAAAAAACAAUGAGCCCUUGCGUGCCUAUGUGUUAUGUUACUUCAUUGCCCUGGGCUUCAUUUUGAUUGCUGAACUGAAUACCAUUGCUCCUCUUAUCUCCAACUUUUUCCUCUGUGCUUACGCUCUUAUCAACUUUAGCUGCUUUCACGCUUCUAUCACUAACUCCCCCGGAUGGAGGCCAUUGUUUCGGUAUUACAGUCCCUGGGUUGCUCUGUUUGGGGCUGUUAUUUCUGUCAUACUGAUGUUCUUGCUCACUUGGUGGGCAGCUCUCAUCACAUUUGGUAUACUCAUCUUUUUGUUUGGUUAUGUGGCUUAUAAGAAACCAGAGGUAAACUGGGGCUCGUCUGUCCAGGCAGGCACCUACAACAUGGCUCUGUCUUACUCAUUGUCUCUCAUAAGGGUUGAAGACCAUGUAAAAAAUUAUAGGCCUCAGUGUAUGGUUCUGACUGGUCCCCCAACUACACGUCCAGCAUUGGUGGACUUUGUGGGAUCUUUCACUAAGAAUGUCAGUCUGAUGAUCUGUGGUAACAUUCUUUGGGGGGAGGAAAAAACAGCUAAUAAAGCUAAUAUGGUGAAAUGGCUUAAUCAGAGGAAAGUUCCAUCUUUCUACACAGCACUCAAGGCAGACAGUCUAAGAGAAGGAACACAACACCUUCUGCAGGCCUGCGGCUUGGGAAAGUUACAGCCUAAUGUACUUGUGAUGGGUUUCAAAACAAACUGGCAGCAGAGCCCACCUCAUGGAAUAGAUGACUAUAUCAAAACCAUAUAUGAUUCUUUUGACUCCAACCAUGGUGUCUGUGUUCUACGCAUGAUGGAUGGGCUGGACAUUAGAGAUGAGUUACAAACUGAGGUAAACCUGACCUUUGAGGCAGAUGAAGCCAUUGACCCUGAACAGCAAAAUUCAGAUGCCAAUUUAGACAUUGAUAACACAAAGAACAUCGCAAACGAUCAAAUAAAAACAGUGUUUCAAACCACACAAGGGAAGAAGACCAUUGAUAUAUACUGGAUCUCUGAUGAUGGAGGUCUGACCCUUUUAGUACCAUAUCUGUUAACAAGAAGGAAAUGCUGGAGACGCAGCAAAGUCAGAGUGUUUAUCACUGGAAAACCGCAAACAAUGGAGAAAGAUCGCAAAGAAAUGAUGACUCUGCUGCAGCAUUUCCGUUUAAAUGUUCACGAUGUUAUUGUUAUGACAGACAGCGAACAACCACCAUUUGCUAAAAACAUAAGACGCUUUGAGGACACUAUCAUCCCCUUUACUGUGAGCGAAGGACAGGUGGAUGAGGAGAUAAAGUCGUGUCCAUGGAAAGUUACGGACAAAGAAAACACUGCUUUGAGAAUCAAGUCCGAGAGAAAAGUGAGACUAAAUGAGAUCAUAAGGAGGAAUUCUAAGCAUGCUGCGCUGAUUCUAGUGUCUCUCCCCGUUCCCCAGUCUGAUUGUCCUAGUUCUCUCUAUAUGGCCUGGCUGGAAACACUGAGCUGGCGUCUACACUGUCCAGUCCUCCUCAUAAGAGGAAACCAGCAAAAUGUCAUGACAUUUUACUGUCAAUAA